AUGAACCACCAAAUGGGGUCCAGGCUAGGACCCGAUGGCGUCCGGUCACAAGAUGACUGGAAGAACAUGAAUGACAUGAUUGAGAAGAAGAAAGCCCAGAACCGCUUAGCGCAGCGAAAUUACCGUCGAAAUGUAAAGCGGAGGAUCGAGGAGUUGGAGCAGCAGGUGGCAAUGCAGGCCCAAUUGUUGGCACACGAAAGCAGAACAACAAAAGUUUCGAAUCAAGGCGCUUCAUCAGUUGUAGCCAGCGAAGUCCCACCACGCGUGGAUGAGAGUCUUAAUACAGCGGCGCGUGAAAAACAGAAGGAUGCGAACGUACAGCUGCCUACUCCCACCAGCCAGCUUUUCAGCACUCUAGAAGACUCUUCCAGAACAGAUAAACUCCUUGAUACACUAUGGUACUGUCAUUCGCAGGAAGAUGCAAAUGAACACAAGGAAAAUCUCUAUGGUGAUUUGGACAAUCAAAUGGUUGACAGAGUUCCAAUUUCAAUGCGAGUUGGAAAGGACUCUCAGUCAAGAGGCGAGACUCAAGGGCAACCUUCGCGUUCAGAAUCUCCUACCCGAUUCACCGACCUCGAUAUUGGAAUGCUUGAUGAUGCACAUAUUCGCUCGUCGAUUGACCAAUUUCAAUACCCUAGUAAGCAUAACCAGAGUCGAGAGAUUGAGGAUCACUGGUGUGAAAAUGAGCGCGGAAGCAACUCAUCUGGUUCAAUCAGCGAUAAGGCGCUAUUGAGUGACGGCGACAUAACGUUUGAGCAAACGAUAGAAGGGCGAGUUGAGUACCUAAUUCACUGCGCCCGUAGAGCGGGCUUCCAGGACCUCGACUCAGCUGUUACCACGUUCUACACAGCCAAGUUCGAUGAAGAUUCUGAAUGCUCAAUCGCGCAGUACAUUAGCAGAAAAAGAUGCCUCCCAACUCUCUUGGAAGAGCUACGCAGCAAAAGUGAUUCAUGGAAGACCCGAGAAGUCCAGCCCUAUCAGGAUGAAGUCCUCAAGUCAGCUGAGAGUCUAUUGCUUAGGGAGAUGCGGUCACAGCAGGCUGUUUGCGUGGAUAAAAUUCUCUUCAGUUUAUCAUCAACUGACUCGGGCGGCGGAUGGGGGACCGUCUCUCAGCAGUUCCAGGAAGAAGUAAGCUUGCUGCCAAGCGGAAAUCAAACACGUACUGAUGUGUGGAAUAGCUGCCUCACCUCUGGUCCCUUCUGA